AUGGAGCCAGAGGCACUCCAAUGGCUUACAUGGACGUAUGCUCGUCGGCUUUACGAUCAUGUGACAUCCAAUGAUACCCUCACUUUUAAAACAUGGAGCCUCUUUCACGGCGUAUAUCCCAACGACAUUAAACAACAUGCUACGUUUCGUUUCCACGAAGUGGAUGUUCAUUCUAUGUCAUUUGCGUCCCGACAGCUUCCCUCUAUAGUGGAUCGCUUAUCCAGGCUCGAUGUCAGCAUGUUGACUUUUCUUUCAAUCCGGUGCCAUGAUCUGAUAAUCGAAGACCUGGCAGCCCUCACCAAGAUCAAUUCACUUGCUGUUCUCGCACUAAGGGUUGAGAGAGUAGCUGGUACUUACGUCGAUCCAAUUCGUGACUGGGGACGCAUUGUACAUGAAAGUGGUGCUUUCCAGAAGCUACGCGUACUUUUUUUCUAUAGCCCCCGUGGGAUCCAGAGAGACUCUUUGCUCAAGCACAUCGCUUCUUUUAAAGCUCUCAACCUCGUUGGUAUAUAUGAUCACAAUAGGGGCCCUGACACCAUAGAGGGUUGGAUGGAUUGGUCUACCAAGUCUCCGCAAGACAUCCUGUGCGUGAAAAGUAGCCCUUCGGCUAUCUGGGAUGACCGCGAGAUUGGAGACGCCAUCAAGACGCGACAACUAUACGAUCUCUCCCUCACUCUCUCAAAAGAGCCACACGAAAAAAAUGCCUACAGGUCACUAGCCAUGAUCUAUGAUGCCAUGAACGGGCCUACUUUAUCGAGUAGUAUUAAAUGGUUCUUUCGGGAGCCUGAACAUAUGCCUGGUCAAGUAAGCAAGCGCCCUCUGAGCAACACAUACCAGGAUGAGAGAAGGGAUGGAGAUGGAAAGAAAAAGAAGCUUCGCGCUAACAAGAAGGUGGAUGUAGAUUCACUCUUGGGUAGCUUUGCGUAG